AUGAAAACCUUAUUGAGAUUCAAAGAAAAUGUCAUAUCAGUACGCGGAUUGGUUUUGUCUGGUCCAUUGUCACCACUUCUGCUUCAGCAUCUGCGUUGUUGCUCUGGUGCAGCAAUUCAGUGGCAGAAUGAGAGAGUACCAAUCAAAUGUAGUGAUUUGCUCGAUGAGUUCACUACUUACUGCUAUGCAAGGGAUCUUCCCAGGGCAAUGAACGCAUUGAAUGCCUUGCAAAUUCAAAAGAUAUGGGCUGAUGCUGUCACCUACUCUGAACUCAUUAAGUGUUGUUUGGCUCGUGGUGCGGUGGAACAAGGUAAACGAGUCCACCAACAUGUGUUCUCGAAUGGUUAUGAGCCUAAAACGUUCCUUGUUAACACACUUAUGAAUAUGUAUGUGAAGUUUAACAUGUUGGAUGAAGCACAAGCUUUGUUUGAUCAAAUGUCUGACAGGAAUGUUGUCUCCUGGACUACCAUGAUAGCUGCCUACUCUAGUGCUAAGAUCAAUAACAAGGCUUUGGAGUUUUUGAUCUUCAUGAUGAGAGAUGGCGUGAGACCUAAUAUGUUUACUUACUCCUCUGUUCUGAGAGCUUGUGAUGACCUUUCCAAUCUUAGGCAGCUCCACUGUAGCUUACUUAAAGUUGGUCUGGAGUCUGAUGUAUUUGUCCGAAGUGCUCUUAUUGAUGUUUACUCCAAAAUGGGUCAACUCGAAUGUGCAAUGUGCACUUUUAAUGAGAUGGUGACUGGCGAUCUUGUUGUGUGGAAUUCCAUUAUUGGUGGAUUUGCUCAAAACAGUGAUGGGGAUGAAGCUUUGACUCUCUUUAAAAGAAUGAAGAGAGUUGGAUUCUCAGCUGAUCAGUCGACCUUGACAAGUGCUCUUAGAGCUUGUACUAGUUUAGCACUUUUAGAAGUUGGAAGGCAAGUUCAUGUUCAUGUACUCAAGUUCAAGCGGGACCUAAUCCUUGAUAAUGCACUUUUGGACAUGUAUUGCAAGUGUGGCAAUUUGGAAGAUUCCCACCAAAUAUUUAGUCAGAUGGUAGAGAAGGAUGUAAUCUCCUGGAGCACCAUGAUCAUAGGCUACGCCCAGAAUGGUUUCAGCAGAAAAGCACUGGAAUUGUUCAAGGAGAUGAAAGUCUCAGGGAUCAGACCAAACUACAUCACUGUUCUUGGAGUUUUAUUUGCUUGUAGCCAUGCAGGACUGGUAGAAGAUGGACAAUAUUACUUCCACUCAAUGAAAAAGCUCUUUGGUAUUGAUCCAGGAAGAGAACACUACGGCUGCAUGGUUGAUCUUCUUGGAAGAUCUGGAAAGCUAGAUGAAGCGGUGAAACUAAUCCGUGAAAUGGAAUGUGAACCAGAUGCAGUGACAUGGAGAACAUUGCUUGGUGCCUGCAGAGUACAUCGUAACAUGGAUUUAGCUGAGUAUGCUGCCAAACAAAUUAUAAAGCUGGAUCCAAGUGAUGCGGGAACUUACAUAUUACUAUCUAACAUAUAUGCGCGUACUCAAAAAUGGGAAGACGUUACGGACUUGAGAAGGUCCAUGAAGGAAAGAGGAGUGAAGAAGGAACCGGGAUGCAGCUGGAUUGAAGUAAACAAACAAAUCCAUGCUUUUAUAAUGGGAGACAACUCACAUCCACAAAAGGAGGAAAUUAACGAAGAGCUAAAUCAGAUUAUUUGGAGAUUAAAGGAGGUGGGAUAUGUUCCAGACACAAACUUUGUCUUGCAAGAUCUUGAAGAUGAACAGAUGGAAGACUCACUUCUGUACCACAGUGAGAAAAUAGCUGUUGCCUUUGGUGUACUGAGCCUGUCUAGAGAGAAGACCAUUAGAAUCAGGAAAAAUCUCAGGAUAUGUGGAGAUUGUCAUUUAUUUGUGAAACUUUUGGCACAGAUAGAGCGUCGAAGCAUUGUCAUAAGAGAUCCAAUCCGGUACCAUCAUUUUCAGGAUGGUAUUUGUUCUUGCGGAGAUUAUUGGUAG